UAUAAGUCUCUUGUCUCUGCUAUGAGACAAAUAUCAAAAUCCCGAAGAACAUAGUCCAUUAUAUUCUUUCUCUAUGUGUUCUGAAGAGCAGUAAUGGCACAUGAACCUUCGAUACCAGAAAAAUAUGGACAACCAAUACCUCAUGAUCCAGACUUCAAUGGACCCCUCAAAUAUCGUUCUUGCACUGAUGUUAUAUUCUUGAUGGUAUUUUUGAUUUUCAUAGGCUGUUGGACUGGAAUUGCUUUAUUUGCUUACAACAACGGGGAUCCCUCCGCAGUCUUGGCACCAAAGGAUUCGAAUGGUUUGAGAUGUGGCAUUGACGAAGGGGUGACAGACAAAAAGUAUCUAUUUUUCUUUGAUAUCCUAAAGUGUGUCAAUCCGUCUGUUCCUUUCCUAGGAUGUCCUACCACUCAGGUAUGCGUUGAUAAAUGCCCAGAUAUUGGAGAAUCAAAAUGCAAGUAUGAAAUACGUAAUAGAGAUACAGAUUGUGUUAAAUCGAAAUAUCCAACUACUAAUGUUCAGGGAAGAUGUAUUCCUAUACUGAAUAAGGAAUGGACUCCUACUAAUGCUGAAGCUAAAAAUGUCGAAAAAGCAGUACAAAAUGUUAAAUUGAUUGCAGAUACUGAACAGCUUGGUCAAAAUGUUGUGAAUGAUUUAAUGACAUGUUGGUCAAAAAUUUUACUAUUUCUCUUUGGCACCUUUAUCUGCACUCUCCUUUACAUAAUGAUGCUUAGGUGGAUUGCCGGAGUGAUGGUCUGGUGUUCUCUUUUUGGGCUCAUUAUAGCAUUGGCACUUGGCGUUUACGCCAGUUGGUACAAGUAUGAAAAAAUGUUGAAAGAAGAAAGAGAUAUAGGCUAUCAGGAAGUGGCAGAAUCAUUCCACAAUGUGAAAAAAUAUUUCUGGAUGACGGCAUUGAUAAUAUGUAUGGUCACUUUGGUAAUUGUUCUAUUAGUUACAAUAUUUUUGAGGAAACGAAUAAAUCUGGCAAUCACUUUGAUUGAAGAAGGAAGCAAGGCUAUUUCUUCUGUCACAUCUGUCCUGGUUUUUCCAAUUAUUCCUUGGAUUUUUCAAAUUGGAGUAAUAAUUUUUUCUGUCUCAAUUGGUUUGCUUCUAACAACAACAGGAUCACCUUUAUUUGUUACUAAAGGGAAAGGUACAGGUAUUUGUCUGCAAAGGCUGAAUAAAAUUUGUAACCCAAAGGAUUUCAAUAAUUUGGAAUGUCCAGAGUUAACUUGCAGACUUAUAAAAAUGCAACACAAUGAUUUUUAUGAUUAUAUGCAUUGGUUUAAUAUUUUCGGAUUUUUUUGGGGAAGUUUCUUCGUUUCUGCUUUUAGCCAAAUGGUGCUUGCAACAGUGUUUGCCACUUGGUACUGGACUAAACCACGUCGUAAUUUACCUUUCUUUGCAGUUACUUCAGCCUCUUUAACAGUACUCAGGUAUCAUAUUGGCACCCUUGCAUUUGGUUCUUUAAUCAUAGCAAUAUGCAGGAUGAUCAGAUUAGUGUUAGAAUACAUUGAUAGAAAAUUGAAGAAAUAUGAUAACGAAGUAACCAGAGCCAUAAUGUGUUUACUGAAAUGUUUCUUCUGGUGCCUUGAAAAGAUAUUGAAAUUCAUUAGUACUAAUGCAUACAUUAUGUGUGCAAUACAUGGCAAGAACUUUUGCACAAGUGCCAAAGAGGCCUUUACAUUGCUAAUGAGGAACGUCAUUAGAUUUGUGGUCUUGGACAAAGUUACCGAUUUCCUUUUCUUUGUUAGCACUUUACUCAUCAGUAUUGGAGCUGGAUCAGUUGCUUAUGUCUUCUUUGCAACAGACUUGACAUCUUUGGAUAAUUCAAAUUUGAAUUAUGUUGAAGUGCCUAUUGUUUCAAUUGUAUUAUUCACUUUCUUCAUUUCGAAAAUAUUUUUCCAUGUUUAUAGCAUGGCAGUGGACACAUUGUUUUUAUGUUUCUUGGAAGAUUGCGAGAGGAAUGAUGGCUCUCCAGAUAGGCCUUACUAUAUGUCCAAAGAUCUAAUGAAAAUAUUUGGAAAGAAAAAUAAAAUAGAGUAG